UAAACAAACGUUGUUGAACUAACAUUUAAAGUUAAAUGUCAUGUGUACAAUUUGAACUCGGCGUCAUAUAGUUCAAGAUGGCGAUAAUUUAAGGAAUAGAUUAUUAUUGCUUUGGUGAGUUAUUUUCGAUAGCAUAUUUAAAUUUCGUGUGUCAAUAUUUGGAUUGCUGAUUUGAAAAGAAAGUGUAAUAAUCCGUCGUCUCGGGAAUCAAGACUGUGUUGUAGUGUCGUCAAUUAGUUUCAUCUUCUGGUUUUGUUAUUAUCUAAAGCAACGAUCAACUCUCUUCUUGAAUGAAUGAAACCUGAAUUUUAAUUAUACAAGUGUUUUGGUGUUGUUUUAUGAGUGACUAGAAUCGAUUUAUGUGAUUGGAUUCAUCAUUAGACAUUGAUGGAAGAGAGCAGGGGAAAACCAGUAAGAAAGAUACUGAUGAGUUACGAUGCUUGUCAAUAUUUUGGAUUGCAUAAUAUCCCAUAUUCCAGAUUCUCGAAGUGAAGUAUUCCGGAAUGACACUUGAUUGUCAGAGCAAAGUUUAUUAAAUCAGAGUUCAUGGUACUUAAGAAAGGAAGUAUUGUACCGCUCUCGGUACCAGGCAUGGGUGAACCUGUAAAGAAAAAACAGAAGCUAAGAGAAGAUAGUUGCAACGAAAGUUGCAAUGAAAGCUGCAAUGAAGAUUUAGAGUUGCUUCAACGUAACUUAUUAAACCAAUGUUUGUGCUCAAUGUCGGAGAGCUGCUUGCGCAAACCAUUCCAGGGUAUGAGAAUAGUUUGUGAAGAAGACAUGCAGGGCUUCAGACAUGCAGUGGUAGCAGAAUGGAAUAGGAACAGGACCUUACAGUUUGUCAGUUGUGUACAACUUCUGUGUGAGGUCGCCAUCAAACAGAAUGCCAAAGGAGUGUUGUGUUCUCGCAUCGGUGAUGUGUGCGAUGCUCUGAUAAGAAACGAGUAUGGGCUGGUCGAUCAUCUGAUAGAGUUAGCAGAUCACCCGGAUCGGUUUGUUUGUUUCUCUGCUGGUAGAGCACUCUCAGCUUUUUUCUUAGUUUCUAGAGCUCAUGUAGAUCCAAGAUGGCUGGAUAGAUUGACUGAAAAUGCUCUGUCCAUUUCAAACCCUCAGAAGGUGUCCUUUUCACUUGAGGUGAUUAAACGAGUGAUAGAAUGGAAAGAUUGUGACGAACACCCAUUAGAGCAAAGAGGAGAAGACGAGCAUGUGGCAUCCUGUCAUGCCUUAAGUGUGAACGAUCCAGAAAGCUUAGACAGUAGUCAGAUUAAAUGCCUUUGCAUAAAGGCUUUGGAAUCUAAAUGGCCGACCAUCGUCAAUAGAUUUGAUAGCCUUAUAUCCUCAUAUUCAUCAACAUAUGAGUCCACUAUAGUCACUUUCUUAGACCUAUGGGAAAUGAUAAUUUCUGUAAAAGCCAACCUAUCCGUUGUUGAUACAAAACCUUUCUAUGACCAUAUAGACAGUUUUGUCGCCUUGCUGAAUUCGGGUGUUCCUCCAGUCAUUUGGAAACAUCUACUGGGAUUGUUUAAUGAAGUGUUAUGUUAUGGAAGUACUUUGGCUUUGCAAGAUAUUCUGGACGAUGAACCAUGUGCCUUAGCUCACCUGAUAGUCAGGAGUGUCAAGGAUUGGAGGUUACUGGACUCCUUGCCCUACAGAGGUAGUAGUGGAGGUUUUGUAGGAGGAGGAGGAGAUGGAGACAGACCACUGCUACAGAAAGCUGCUCUACUUGUACUCAAAGCUGUGGCAGUGACAGUGAAAGAAACACGGUCUGAUUCCUCUAGUGACAGUUCCUUAGGGUCGGAAACAGAAGAUGCUGACGCUGACAUGGCCGUUAUCGAGCGGAGUAUCAGAGAAGUUUUGAGGCAACUGGACCUCUGUGUCAAAGCUCUACUUCCUUACCAUCCAGAGACGCCUGUUGCCAAGUGGGUCGUCCAAUUGUUCACCGAUCAAGAUGAUGCACUCAUUGAGUCCAUGGUGUGUUGCCUAGAUGUCACUGUUGGUCUGUGCUACAGGGAGACGACUCUUCCCGACUUGAGAAGAAUACUAAGCCCAAUAUCCACGUUUGUCGAAUUCCUCCAAACUGUCUCUCAUGACCCAGAUGUGCUUCUCGAUCUGCUGGUGAGCAAUGAGACCUGUUUCUUGUUGUAUUUGCUCCGGUUACUGAAAUACGUCCGACGGAAUUGGACAGAAUUUGUAAGUGUGUGUGCUCAAGAGCUGGAUAAUACCAUGAGCGUUUUGAUUCGGCUCAGACUUGCUAUUGACAGACUAGUUUCCAAGGAUUUGUUUCCUUACAAUAUCAAUCCUGUAUUGAGGUUACUGGAAAAAUGUGAAAACUUGUAUGAAGGAUGUUCUGCAUCUUAGCCGUAGCUUGUUUGUUAAAAUCAUUCAAAUGCACAGCAGACCCUAAACAUGCUUACCUACAUGCAAGGUUAAUUAGCUUAUGUACAAAUUCUCAUGAUAUAUAAGGGAAUAGACCUGUGCGUGUAUGUCAGUUAAAUUUAGUUAGUUAUUAUUAAUUUAUUUCUAUUUCUGGCUCUUUAGGUUGUACAAAUUAAAUUAAGUAAUUUGUAUUUAUUAUUAAUGUUAGGAGUUCUAUAUUUUGUCAUAAAUUAUUGUCCUUCAUUGUUACAUUGUUGAACUUAGUUCAAAACUUUUAGCUUCGGAAUAUAUAGUAAAUAUAAAAUGAUGCUUGUAUUUUUUACCAAUUUGAGUAAAAUAGCCAUAUAGAGUGUUUCCAAAUGGAUCUAGAACCUCUCCAGACCUUAUUUUAGUCAUCAAACUGUGAUUUAUUUCUUCCAGCAAACUUUAGUCCACAAAUACUUUAGAGUUACAGGUCUAACUUGAAAUUCAGUGGUUCAGAAAUGUAGAUGCAUUAUACCAGGUGUCCCUGUAUUAUGUUUUGAACAAAAUAUAAUCACCAUUAUCCGUAGGUAGAUUGUUAUAAGAUUUAAAAUCACAUUUUUUUAAUAUAUGAGAACUUCUACCCCAGCCCUAAAUUUAGGAUGGGAGGUUAUGUUAAAAACUACUUUUAAACACCCACCAAAUUUUAAAAUUAAUGAUAUUCAUUUUUGUGUUGUCUAAUUAUUAAAACAAAAUAGUUAGUAAAAAUAUUACUAUUAUUGUAUCUUUUUGAUUAAAACAUUGACAGGUCACCAUUUUUACUGGAUUGAUACAUAGACCUCUGGUUUGCUGCAUUCUUCUUCUUUGAAAUAAAAAAUGUCUCUCGAUGGGGCUUACAUUUAACAAUGUUAACUUACCCGUACAAUUGCCAAUGGAUAUUGACUGAUGAAUUUCUGUUCCAAAAUUAAAACGGGUUGGGUUUUUGGGACACCUGGUAUACAAAUUGGCAUAAAGCGUUUAAACAUUAAACUCUGCACUUUUGUUACACUUAAUUAGAUCCUGUAGCAUAAUCAGUGCUAUUAUAAACCAGUUGUCAAAGAGUUAAAUGAUAAGUUUUAUUUCACUGAUAAAAAUGUAAUUUGUAUUUUAAAAUUCAUAACACUAGUACAAUAUCAUAAAUAAAUUUGUAUUAUUGAAUAUUUAUGACAAACUGUGCUUGACCAAAUUAGUUUAAAAUAGCAAAUCUGGACAAACACAGUAUGUUGGUUGUCACCAACUAAUAUUAUAAAUACUAGAAGUCACAUUCUUGUUUUCUUCUUAAAAUGUUAUACAAACCUCUUGAUAUCACUUCACCUUUUUAUUUGUAUAUAAGCUGUAACUUCGCUUUGUCAUAAUGUAGUACCUGGUAUAUUUUAGGAAGAAAGAUCAACUUAUUCUCUUUGAAUUAAAUAGUGCAUUAGUCUUCAUAUUUUUUUGUAAUGCCACAAAUCACUAAAUCAAAGUAUAGCAAGGAGUUGAUUACAAUGUUUUUAGAUGGAGUUUUAACUCCUGGAACAAACUCCCGAGAGGUAUUAGGAAAAUCCAGAAACACAACAUGUGUAUAAAAACAUGAACCAUUAAAAAAAUGAGAUUUUAAGUUAAGAAGAAUUUUUUCAAGACUUGGAAGAUCAUGAAAUAUUUUCCAUGUUCAAGAAAUGAACAUUAACAACCAUGUUUGAUUGAAAAUCGAGUAUACAUUGUUACUAUUUUGUAAAAAGUAUAAAUCUGAGCAAUUAUCAUCACAGUUGGGUAAAAAUGUGAAUAAUAUUUUUUCCAUAAUAUGUUUCGGAUCAAAAAUUAUUAUUAAAUAAUUCAUUUUAACUUCCAAGUAAGGAGAGCUUGGAAAUUACAAGAUAGGCCUGUCUUUUGUCCCGACAAAUAACUUGUUUUUAGUGUGCUUAGUAAAAUGUGAUAAAAUUCGCUCAGUAUGUUUGAAGUGGAAUUUUAUAAUUAAAAUAAAACUGUUAUUUCACCAAUUUUAUCUACAUUGUAGACAGAUUUUAUAGACCAUAAAAUAAUACUGAUAUUGUUUGUAUGUUACUAUACCAAACCGUCCAAAUACGAUUAUUUAAGUAAGGAAAAUACUUAAUAUUUUAGCUCUGUCAGUGUUUUUCUGUCUGAGGAUUUAUUUAUUUAAAUAUAAGUAUUACUAGUUUAAUUACCUAAGGUGGCGUGUAAUGUAUAAUAGAGAGAAAUACUCAUACUUGCCUUUAUAUUAAUACAGACCUGAGUACCAUGUACUUAUCCAUAGUUACCGAGUAUCCCCCAGGUGCUCACCAUAAUCUACCAUGUGCUCUUAUUUAUUUGUCUCCUAGUUUCAUGAAACAGAGUUUGCAUAAUCACUAUUGUAUGCAUAUCAAUGUGACAUUUUCGUCACUGUCAUAACUUGUAGCUGUAGGUUGCCCACAAAUAAAUUGACAGUAAAUAACAUUUUUUGUUGAUGUUAAUUAAGAUUGUGUUUUGAUAUAAGUACAUAUUCCAAUGCUAAGCACAUAUUUAUUAUUCUUGUUUUUGAGAAUAUUUGGUAAUCUCACAUUUGUAAAUGAAAGGUUAAUUAAUUUUAUUAUAAAUGAGUAUGAAAGAUUUACCAUACACAAUAUACACAAACUUUUGGAUUAAGUUGAUAAUUUAUAUGUAAAAUUACUGCUUUUAGAAAGAAAUCAUUAUCUGUUUUUAUAAAUUAGUUUAAUUUUGUUCUAAUUAGACUAAUGUUGGCCUAAAAGUGCCUUAAAGUAUAAACAGCAAAUUUGCUAAGACAAUUGAAUAGGUGUGUUUAGAAAUAACGGUGUAGAUUUAAGCAUUGAAAAACCAUUGCAAUUAAUAUAGUACUAUUCAAAUGCUAAAAGUCUAGGAGCUGAGAGUCAAAAUCAUUAUACUUAUGCAUGCAACCCGGUUUUUCUUUAAAUCAAUAGAAAAGUUUUUCCCAAGAAAGAAUUUUCCUCCGCCCUGGUCUUGGUGGAAUUUUAAAUAGGAGGAUAUCAAAGGAUUAAGAAAUGAAAUAAUAAUUUUAUUCUCGGAUCAUAUUUUUUUAGCUUGACACUUCAAAACCAACUGCCAAACACAGAAAUGUUAAAUAAGUGUCAGCUAACCUUAUGCAAACGCUUUAAGUGGAGAUUUUUAGUCGUUUUAUGUAGUUCUUUGAAAACAGUAUAGCUAUUAUCUCUGGUUUGACAGCCAGUUUUAAGUGUAUCAAGCUAGGAAUUGGUGAUUAAAAUUAUCAUUUCAUAUUGUUAAACAUUUUAAUACCCUCUCAUUUCGACCUCCCCCAAAAUUAGCAUGGCUGAAGAUCGAUUUAUUUCUUAUAGACUAUUUCUGAUCAAUUUCAUUCGUAGAGAAAAAUUCCUCUUAUCGAUUUCAAGAAAAACCAGGUUGUGUGCUUUUACAGGGCAAAUUGGCUCUCAGUUACGGGACUCUAGAUUUCCUCCUCUCUCCACAAUGUGUAAGAGGAAACAUUUUAUCUCAAGGCAAAAUGUGAAUCUGAUACGACAUUGAUCCAUUUUACUCGUAUAGUUAAGAGGUUAGAAAAUCAAUUUGAAGUAUGUGACCUUAUUAUGAGUUUUUAAAUAUUUUAAACGAUUUGUACAACAAAAGGAUAUUUUAAUUUAGCUAAAAUAAUUUAUUGUAUAUUGGUAUGAAAAUUAGUCUAAAUUAUUAUUUUGGAACAGAAGAGUAAUAAAACUUAUUAUUCGUUACAUUUUCAUUUUUUGUAAUAAAAAUUGUGUAUAAAUAUUGAAUUGUGAACUGCAGGAAAGUGUAUGAGCUCAGUAGAUAUAUGUUAAUUAAAUUUGUGGGAAAUCAUCAUCAUAGUAAGUCUUAUCGAGAUGUUAACUGUUAGUAUAUAUACAUUUUAUUUCAGUAAUCUUUUUUCAUAUCUAUUUUGUUGCCUGAAAAGGUAAUAUACUGUAUCUCAAAAACCUCUAUCUCAUUAAAUGCAUAUAAUAUGUAUAUGCAAAUCAUAAUAUAUAGUAAAUUUUUAAAUAAAGUUAAAAUACAUGAACAAAGAGAAUGUGAAGAAAACCGUAUAUAAUUUUACAAUUUUAAUUUUUUAACUUAAUAUGAUCCAAUAACAUUUUGCAUUCAAAAAAGUAACAUAGGAUUCAGAUAAGCUAUUAGUAAUAGACAUAACUGUUAUUGCUGUUAAUUAAUUUGUAAAAAUCCAUGACAAAAUGCAUGUAUUUAUUUUUUUGUAAAAUAUUGUAUUAUUAUACCUCUAUUUGUAUAUAAUUUAAAUAAUGAACUGUUUGUAUAUAU